AUGUAUGAAUCUAUGAUGUUGGCGACCCUGCACCACUUCCCGUCUUUUCAGAUUGCUUCCCAACCAGCACCAGCUUCGUCCACUCUCGAUGUCCCAGACUCCCUAGUACAUUGGAUGGCGAUGAACUACACAAAAAUGUCGUACUUCCAAACACUUCCAUUCCUUUCAAUCCUCACUCUUAACCUGUCAUCAACCUUCGUCUUCUUCCUCUGUGUAAUAGGACUCCCUCAAUGUCAAGCCUUGGAAUUCAGAAGCAUCUCGGGGCCCCCAGAAACGAGUGGUUCCAUUGACCCGGGCGGUGUAGUGAUUGUUGGGUGCACACUACAAUAUCCAGGAAAACUCGAUAGUUCAUCCUCCCUCCACCUGGUGGGGACAGAUGGAAACCGGACUCAAGUGUCGUUUUCCUCGUUAAACUCUACGACAUCAUCUCAGUCAUACUCGACUGUACCUAUUCCGAAGGACGUGCAGAGUGGUUACUAUUUUUUAGUAGCCGUUGAUACAAACCGGACGGUCAUUGCGAGCAGUUACAAUUUCCAAAUUAGUGACAAUGUAAGGGAUUCUGACAAUACCAUGACAAGUGACCUCCCAGGGUCCCCUACCAACCUAACAACUCCCGAAAAAUUGAAGAACUCGAACGUCGGCGCCAUCGCAGGAGGCGUAGUCGGAGGUGUAGUCGGACUGGUCCUGCUCGCAUUUGCCAUCUUCUUUUUCAUCCGUUGGAGGAGAAGAAAAAAGGAUUAUUCCGAAAAUUCUGCAACAGAUAUGACACAGUACUUUGAAGAACCAACACCUUUCCUUAGCACCGCACCGUCUGAAGCGGAAGUUAACUGGCAAGAUGAUGGUGCUCUGACCAUAGUAGGAGCUUCCAAAAUGAGACAGCAGAAGAAGGAGAUGCUCGGACAGCGAGAACGGCUUGAACGUCAGUUGGAAGAUUAUCUUCAAGGAGUUGGAUCUCCAAGCGAAAUCGGCACUGGAAAUGGUGGUCUUGAUUCUGUUCCAUCUAGAGCCGUUGGCGCGGGCAGCGACGAUGCGCCGGCUGUUCCAGAACUUCAAGAGCAGGUCAAUGUCAUGACGCAGAGGAUAGCCAUAUUAGAGGCGGAGCUGGCUGAACAGGCACCACCGGAGUAUGCUUCUCAGUAUAAUCCGUGA